GGCUUUAUGCUUCUCAUACCAACGUAUAUUGGGAUUGGGUUUCCCGGACUUCCUUAUAUGGUCAAACUUCUUGGGUUAUGGUUUGGGAGUUCUGGACUUCUAAUAUAUGGGUUUAUGAACGAGCUUGGAGCUUUGGUUUUAACUGAUUGUACUUCUCGUCUCACUGAAAGAACAGGUGAGAGUUUUGGUGAUACCGGGAGAGUAGCCGAGAUGAGUAUGAAGCUGGGGCCUCCUUGUUUACAAUCUUACGCUGGAAAGUUCAGAUUUUCAGUUACCUGCACAAUAUUCAUCAGCUACAUUCUAUUUUUACCUGACUUGAUUGCUACAAUGAAUCUUUUUGCUAAAGAUAUACUACAUCAAUACGUCGACAUCAACGACACGUUGCUGAUUGUUGUAAUUUCGGUGCUACUGUUGCCAGUCUACUUGACUAGGAGAAUGAAACUACUGUCGUAUUUAGCAACAGCCGGGAAUAUUAUUCUUCUUUUGAUAAUCAUCAUAUCCUUCAAAUACAUCUGUCGAGACCUUCCGGAUAUCAACUCGAGAUCAGCUACCAAGUUCAUCGAUUUCUUAACAAUAACAUCGUUCAUGAAUGACGUUAUGUUUUCAUAUGACGGAAUAGCUAUGGUGCUGCCAAUACGAUCCAGAAUGAAGAGUACUAAACAUUUUGACGGCUGGAAUGGUGUGCUGGGACUUGCUCUUGUCAUGGUUGUCAGCUUUCAUGUUGCCUGUGGAUUUUUUGGAUACCUAAAAUUUGGCGAAUUAACACAAGUGAACUAUAUAUUGAAUCUAACAGAAGAUGGUUGGAUUUCGAAGUCCUUGAAGAUCCUUUCAUUUCUUACCUCGUAUUUGACAAUCGGGACAGUCGUAUUUGUAAUAGUAGAAAUGCUUUGGACAUAUUUGAAGGAGAAGUUCACUAAUGCGAUCGUUCAGAACUAUGGCGAGUAUAUUUGCCGAGGUAUUCUGCUGAUUCUUUCUUGUGCAUUCACAAUUUUGAUCCCGCAGUUUCAACUAUUGAUAUCGUUGACUGGAUGUUUCUGCGCAAAUUACAUCACACUUGUCGUUCCUUUUACCAUGAAGAUGUUGAUGUUAUACAAUGAAGAGGAGCCUAUGUUACUUGCAGCGAAAUUAAAAAGGAAAAUAACACUUAUUUGCUGUGGAUUAAUACUGUUGGUUGGGAUAUACUCGGUGAUUACAGGGACAUGUGUUGCCUUAUACAUGGCUAUGUGGCAUAUCGUUCUGUAA